AUGGGCAAAGACGAGGAACCCAAGACCUACCGCUACAAUGAGACUCCGGUCUACACGGCCUCAAAUGGCUGCCCAGUCAUGGACCCCCAAGCCUCUCAGCGCAUCGGCCCCAAUGGCCCACUCCUGCUGCAGGAUUUCCAUCUGAUUGACCUUCUCGCUCACUUCGACCGCGAACGCAUUCCCGAACGGGUGGUUCACGCCAAGGGUGCUGGCGCCUACGGCGAGUUUGAAGUCACCGAUGACAUUAGCGACAUUACCACUGUCGAUAUGCUGAAGGGCGUGGGAAAGAAGACCAAGAUGCUUACCCGCUUCUCCACAGUUGGUGGUGAGAAGGGAUCACCCGACAGUGCCCGUGAUCCUCGUGGUUUCGCUAUUAAAUUCUAUACUGAGGAAGGUAACUGGGAUUGGGUGUUCAACAACACUCCCGUUUUCUUCCUGCGUGACCCUGCCAAGUUCCCCGUCUUUAUUCACACUCAGAAGCGUAACCCACAGACCAACCUGAAGGAUGCCACCAUGUUCUGGGAUUAUCUUUCCACUCACCAGGAGGCUGUCCACCAAGUGAUGCACCUCUUCAGUGACCGUGGUACCCCAUACUCCUACCGCCACAUGAACGCCUACUCUGGCCACACUUACAAGUGGAUCAAGCCUGAUGGCACCUUUAACUACGUUCAGAUCCACUGCAAGACAGAUCAGGGCAACAAGACCUUCACCAACGAAGAGGCCACCACGCUCUCUGCCGAGAACCCCGAUUGGCAUACUCAGGAUCUUUUCAACGCCAUCGAGCGUGGUGAGAACCCUUCAUGGACCUGCUACGUCCAGGUUCUUAGCCAAGAGCAAGCCGAAAAGUUCCGCUGGAAUGUCUUCGACCUGACCAAGGUCUGGCCCCAAAGCGAGGUGCCUCUGCGCCGCUUCGGCCGCUUCACCCUGAACAAGAACCCUGAGAACUACUUUGCCGAGAUUGAGCAAGCUGCUUUCUCUCCCUCGCACAUGGUCCCCGGUGUCGAAGCCUCCGCCGAUCCCGUUCUGCAAGCCCGUCUUUUCUCUUACCCAGACACCCAGCGCCACCGUCUGGGCGGCAACUACGAUCAGAUCCCCGUCAAUUGCCCUGUCCGCGGUUUCAGCCCCUGGCACCGUGACGGUGCCAUGAAUGUUAACGGCAACUAUGGCGCCAACCCCAACUACCCCUCUACCUUCCGCCCCUUGACUUACAAGCCUGUCAAGGCGAGCCAGGAGCACGAGAAGUGGACUGGUGCUGUUCUGGCUGAGCAGAUGCCUGUCACUGAUGAGGAUUACGUUCAGGCUGAUGGUCUCUGGCAGGUCCUGGGCCGCCAGCCUGGCCAGCAGGAGAACUUGGUUAAGAAUAUCUCGGGUCAUCUGUGCGGUGCUCAUGAGCGUGUUCGCAAGCAGACCUACGAGAUGUUCCGUCGUGUGAACAAGUGUCUCGGUGCCCGGAUUGAGGAAGCUACUGAAACCAAUGUUACUCCUACUGCGCGUCUGUAG